AUGGCUGAAAUUGUUUUCAAAAUAAAUGGGAAGGAACAUAAAGUAGAUGGAAAGUUCGACCCAGAUGUGACUCUCAAUGAAUACAUAAGGAACGUGGCCCACCUUCGCGGAACUAAAGUAAUGUGCCGUGAAGGUGGAUGUGGUGCCUGUGUGGUGACCAUCCAAGCAGCACUACCACCGAGCAAUGAAGUGAAAACCUUCGCUGUCAAUUCUUGCCUGGUGUCAAUUUUAUCGUGUCACGGAUGGGAUGUGACAACAAUAGAGGGCAUUGGUAGCGAGAGGACCGGUUAUCAUGAAAUUCAAAAACGGCUUGCUCGUUUUAAUGGAACUCAGUGUGGAUAUUGCUCUCCGGGUUUCGUGAUGAGCAUGUACAGUCUCUACAUGUCGAAAAACAAAAACUUGACAACUAAGGAGGUGGAAAACUCAUUUGCGAGUAACAUUUGUCGGUGUACUGGCUACCGACCAAUUGCUGAAGCUUUUAAAUCAUUCGCAAUUGAUGCUGAUAAAACACUACUUGAUAAAGUUGCUGACUUAGAAGAUUUACAUUUAUUGAAGUCCUGUACUAAGGAUUGUUUAAAGAACUGCUCUAUUAACAAGUGUACGAACCAAAAGAUCUUAAGCAAAAACAUUGACUUAUUUAAAAAUAAAUUUGAUAACAGUUGGUGUAUAAUUGAAAACCUUAACAGUCAGAUGUUUAUGGUUAACAGUCCAGCGUACAGAUGGGUAAAAGCAUAUUCUUUAGCUGAUGUUUUCAAAGCAAUGCAAGGUGAUAAAAAUUACAAAUUGAUCGCAGGAAAUACUGGACAAGGAGUAAACCAACAAACAGAUUAUCCAUCAAACAUAAUAGAUAUAUUUAGUGUAUACGAACUUAAAGAACAUGUUCUUGAUGUUAACUUAAUUUUGGGAGCUGGUAUAUCAUUGUCGGAAUUAAUGGGAAUUUUUCAAGACCUUUCGACAUCAACUGAUGAUUUUAAAUAUCUAAAAGAACUUCAUGACCAUUUAGAUUUAGUAGCUCAUGUUCCAGUACGAAAUAUUGGGACAAUAGGUGGAAACCUUAUGUUAAAACAUAUUAAUAAUGAAUUUCAAUCGGAUUUGUUUCUAAUGUUCGAAACUGUUGGCGGAGUAGUGACCAUAGCUGAAGAAGUAGGAAAGAACACCACAAUGGCACUCACGGAAUUUCUGAAGUUGGAUAUGAAUGGAAAAGUUAUUGUAAAUGUAAUUCUUCCACCAUUAUCUCAAUGCUGUUCUCUUAAAACCUACAAGAUCAUGCCUCGAGCUCAAAACUCUCAUGCCAUAGUCAAUGCUGGAUUUCUAUUCAAAUUCCAUCACAACUCUCAGCUCCUUGAAAGUGCUACUUUAGUUUAUGGAGGCAUAUCAAAAAAUUUUAUACAUGCGGCCAGAACUGAAACAAUAUUAAUUGGCAGAGAUCCCUAUACUAAUGAAACAUUGCAAUUAGUACUAAGGAGUCUUCAAGAAGAGAUGCAACCUGAAGAAAAUCCACCUGAACCUUCAGCAGAAUAUAGAAAAAUGCUUUCGAUUUGUCUGUAUUACAAGGCGAUACUGUACCUUUGUCCUGAAGAAAAAAUUAAUCCAAGAUUCAAAUCAGGGGGGAAAGUAUUCAAAAGAGAUGUUUCUAAAGGAAGUCAAAGUUUUGAAACGGAUGAAAGUUUAUGGCCCUUAAACCAACCUGUCACGAAAUUAGAGGCAAUUGUUCAAUGUGCUGGUGAGGCUGAAUUUUCAAAUGAUAUCCCGGCAAUGAGUGAUGAAGUGUUUGGUGCAUUUGUAACAACUGAUAUUAACCCUGGCAAUAUCAUUAGUGGUUUUGAUACUAAUCAAGCGUUUAAUGUUUCUGGAGUAUUGGGAUUUUAUACUGCCAAGGAUAUACCAGGAAACAAUAGCUUUACACCUUCAAAAAUUCCAAUUAUGGAUGUCGAUGAAGAAAUUCUAUGUUCAGGGAAAGUAAUGUAUUAUGGGCAACCAGCUGGAGUUAUUAUAGCUAAUCGGGAACAGACUGCUCAAAAAGCUGCAAAGCUUGUCAAAAUACUAUACUCUUCAGUUAGUAGCAAGAAACCAUUGUUAACAAUAGAUAGUGUACUUGAAUCUCCAGAAAUGCAUGAAAGAAUGUCCAACAAUCAAAUCAUAGAACCAACAGAUAUUGGAAAUGAUGUUAAAUAUGUUUUAAGCGGAGAAUUAAAGUUAAAAGGCCAAUAUCACCAUUACAUGGAACUCCAGACAUGUGUAGCCAUCCCCACAGAAGAUGGUUUAGAUGUUUAUUCAUCGUGUCAGUGGUUGGAUUUGACAAGUGUUGCUAUUGCUGAAUGCCUUAACCUUCCAGUGAACCGAAUAAACGUAAUUGUCCGUAGACUGGGUGGAGGAUAUGGAGGUAAAAUAUCUCGAUCUUCGCAGAUAGCAUGUGCUGCAGCACUUAUUGCUCAUUUAGAAAGAAAACCCUGUAGAUUUGUGUUGCCACUAAUAACUAACAUGAAAUCUAUUGGAAAGAGAUUGCCGUUAAAUAGCAAAUUCGAGGUAGGGGCCAAUGGAGAAGGCGUUAUUCAAUACUUAAAAACUACUUUCCAUCAAGAUCAUGGAUAUUCGUUUAAUGAAAAUAUAUCAGGAAGAACAAUUGCCCACUUUUACAGUUGUUAUGAUCCAAGGCGAUGGAAGAUUGAAUCAAAUAGCAUUAUCACAGAUACCGCAUCUAAUACUUUUUGCCGGUCACCAUCUUCUACAGAAGGCAUUGCAAUGAUAGAAAAUAUAAUGGAAUAUAUAGCAUAUAACAUUGGAAAGGAUCCUACACAAGUACGUCUUAUAAACAUGGAAUCUGAAAACAAUCCUUUCCCUGAUAUGAUUAAUCAAUUGAAAACCGAUUCCGAAUAUGAUAGACGAAAUGGGGAAAUAAUUACAUUCAAUGCACAAAACAGAUGGAUGAAAAGAGCUUUGAAAUUAAUGCCUAUGACAUUCGAAAUUUAUUACUUCGGAAAUUAUAACUCGGUAGUGUCAAUUUAUCACGCGGACGCUUCAGUGGUCAUUUGUCAUGGUGGCAUAGCUAUGGGACAAGGGUUGAAUACAAAAGUAGCACAAGUGUGCGCUUUUGUAUUAGGAGUACCCUUGGAUAAAAUAAGAAUAAAGCCGAGCACAAGUUUAAUAUCACCGAAUGCAAUGGUUACCGGUGCAAGUAUUGGAAGCGAAUGUGUCGCUUUUGCUACUAAAAAAGCGUGUGAAAUACUCUUAGAAAGGUUUGCAACGAUUAAAGCAAAAGGUACGUACUCUUGGGAGGAACUUAUUGCCAAAGCAUAUGAGGAGGGUGUUGAUUUACAAGCUACGUAUAUGUAUUCUGCUAAAGAUGAUCUAAAGCCGUAUAAUGUUUAUGCAGUUUGUGCCCUAGAACUUGAAGUUGAUAUAUUAACUGGUAACCACGACGUGAGAAGAGUAGACAUACUUGAAGACACCGGAAGAAGUUUAAGCCCUAUUAUAGACGUUGGUCAGAUAGAAGGUGCAUUCGUGAUGGGUCUAGGUUAUUGGACAUCAGAAAACCUCGUCUACGACCAAUCAACAGGAGAACUGCUCACAAACCGCACAUGGACGUACAAACCGCCGGGUAUCAAAGAUAUUCCUGCUGAUAUGAGAAUUUACUUUCGCAGAAAUGCUGGUAAUGAACACGGACUACUUCAGUCUAAAGCUACAGGUGAACCGGCGUUUUGUCUUGCGACAAUAAUCCUACACGCGUUUCGGGAGGCGAUACGUAGCGCGCGGCUGGAGGGGGGCUACCCGGAUCAGUGGCUCGAUAUAGGUAUACCAUGUACAGCGGAGAAUGUUUUUACGGCAGUUGAACAUAAAGUUGAACAUUUUGUACUGAUGUAA